GCAUGGGUGUCAGUGUAUAGCGUGGCUUUCGUUCAGCUCGGUCGUUCGGUUGUGCCUAGCGCGGCAAUCCACUGAUGGACCGCUGCCGUCUUCAGUGGCUGCAGAUUCGCAACUGUUUGUGUAUAGUCUGCGUGCUAUUUUGUUCCUCGGAAACAUUAUAAAUCGCCUGAGCACGUAAAUAUUCGCUCCCGAAUAAGCGCACAAGCUGCCAAGCAUUACUUGACGGUUAACGUUUUCACUGCUUUCCAAAGAGUCUGCUAAUAUGGAUUGUAGUUUUUUCCCAAGCGUGCCAUCCUAAGUCUACCAUACACAAACGAAAUCCAAUAUACCGUUUCAACAUAUAUGCUGUUUGAGUGAUUGCACUAAAACUUAAAGCAUCGAACUGAGGUGGUACGAAGGAAGAUUAUAGGUUUAUUAUUAAACAGUGUGUUUAGUGUGUUUAUUUUGUUUGAUUAAUAAUGUGUUAGAAAAUGUGCUAUAAGUGUUUGUGCAUGUGUGCAUCAGUGUGGGCAGUGUAUGUGUUGAGUGAAAGCAAAAAAGAUCGUAAAUUAACUGAUUGUUAAGUGAAACAACAAACAACCGAAAUAAGUUAUAGUUUUUGAGUAGCGCUCUAAUUGAGUUCACAUCAACCUAGUACAUCCGAUACAUUGUCCCGGUAUAAAGUCACUCAGAUUGUUUGUUCGUAGAGAUAGUGAUACACCAUCUGCACUUAUGCUCAAGCUAUCGGGUAACUCCGCAUCCGAUACCAACCCGGUGUUGAGCAGCGGACACUUCCAGCGGGAACAUGAACUUUGUGAAACCGUACAAAAGUAUCUGCUUCAUUUUUCUGGGUUUGCUAUCAGCACUGAAAUGUCAGUCAUUAGAAAGCGCAGACUUGCAUCACCUAUCGGAUCGAGAAAAAGUGGAAGCUCUAGUAAAACAAUGGGCUCCAUUAGUGUGGUUGGCACCGAAUGAAAAAUACAUGCCCGGCGAUGUUUCGAAAUUUCUUGAGCAUGUACACGCAGAGGAAGCGAAAGUGGUCACCGUUUAUCCGGGCAGUGAAAUUACAGAGCUUGAUGAUCUCAAAUACUACGACAAUGAUAUGACCAACGAACUGUCCUACUAUGACCCAGCGGACCAGCGGCAAGGACGGUUUCGCAAUAAACGCAACUUCAAGGAUUCCGCUGUAUCGUUGGAUUUACUGUUUGAUCUACCAAUCGGCAAUGAGUCCAAGAAUUGGUAUCUAGUGACCAACAGCGACAUCGAUGAGCUAAUCACUCGUAAGGAAUCCUUCAUCCACGGCCAGAAUCCGCUCAACGAAAAUGUGCCAAUCUACGCGGUGGUCAGCAUGUGCAAGCAUUCCCCCUCCGAAAUGUCGCACAAGCCCGAUCAAAGUUUGUCCUUUUCCCAACCAACCACAACGACCGAAUAUCCAUCAACUCAUCUGCUUCACAAUACAAACAAUCAGGAAAAUGAGGUAGCAUACACAGUGAAAGAACGACCACAGUUUAAGCGGAAUCCUUACGCCCCAACGCCCAAGAACAUUUUUGAACUGCAACCGAACCUGCGGCAGACGAUCAAUAAGGUAGAAAAAAGUAUCCGACUGAUACGCAAGAAGCGGGAACUUGAGGAGUCCAUAAAACUGCACGACGAAACAGUUCACAACACAGAUCUGCCGUCUAAACAAAGUGCAGAAGAUUUGACCGUAGGAAGAAGAGUUUUUAUCAAUUCCGACGAAGGAAAUGGUAAGCAAAAUUUCAACUCCAACACGGACAAUUCCAUCGAAAAUACACCACGAAGUGAAGAAAAUGAAGAAUGGGAAACAAUCACCGAACGGAGACACGAUACGGAACGAUAUGGCGACGAAGCUUCGCACGAUUUCCCCCACUUUCACGUCACAUACUGGAUGUUCUAUCCCUAUAGUCAGGGGAAGGUGAUGUGCACAAUUGACCUGGGACCGUUCGGUCCAUGGCCGAUUCCUUUAAUAUUUGGCAUGUGUCUCGGCACAAAAAAAGAAUUUGGCAGCCACGUAGGCGAUUGGGAGCAUAUGAGUUUAUACUUCCGAGGCAGAAAGGAACCAGAUGAAAUGUAUGUGUCGGCUCACGAUGCUGGAGCAUUUUAUUCAUAUGAAAGGCUUACGGGAACGUUCGAAUAUCACAGCCAGGAAACAAGGAAAGGAAUUCUUCAGCAGCCAACGUUCCCCAAAACAGUCGUCACAUCUAGCAAUCAUCCGGUGCUUUUCGCCGCUGAAGGUUCCCAUGGUCUGUGGACUGCACCGGGUAAACACAAAUUCGUACGCGUUCCGCGGCUGUACGAUAUUAACGGAUUCGGUAUGCCAUGGUCAACCUGGAGAAACGUUCAGAUCAUCUACGAGAAUGGUGCUCAAGGGCGCAGCUCAUUACAACCCAAAUGGAUGAAAUUCAACGGACGAUGGGGUAAUCCAAAAACAAAAUGCCAUCCACUGAAAAGGAUCGGUUUGCACAUCUGUGAACUUACCGAUGGACCAACUGGAAUUCCUCGGAAGAAACACCAUUUUAAGUGCAAAGCAUGAGGCGGACCAUACCUGCAUGAAACGCCGCUUACGUGUGAGAAUUAUUAUGUUGAUAGAAUACCAGUUCCUGGGAGUUUACUUCAACCUUUCCCACCCUUUUUAAGAGUAAUACGCAAGGAGCUCUCCUAGAAUAACUAUUUAUUUUUGUUUUAUUUAUUAUUGCUUGUCAAUGUUUCUUUUCUGAUGCUUUUUUCUGACUUUUUAUCUACUUACGUCCUUUACAAAUGUUCAUGGCGUCUCACGUGGUCAUCUACAUCUAUCCAAAAUCGUUCCAAUCAUAAUUAAAUGCAUUUUGGUUUAUGUUGUACAUAAGACAUUGUUUCAUGUAUAGGUAAUCUGUUAUGCACUAUGCAAUGUAAAUAAACUUUUAAAAUACGAAAGAACUUCAAUAGAAAUUUGUACGAAUCUAACUCAUUCCAAACGUAAUAUUGUGGCAAAUGUUUAUAUGAUUCUUGUUGUGUGUGUGUCUAUUAUACAUGAUUAAACGAUUGUUUAAAAAAUA